UAUUUGAUUGAGAGUUUCGGUAAAAGUAAAAGUCAAUUAUGACGAGUCAAAUGACCAUUAGUUUGGAUUUACCGAAACCACUGAAUCUGAUUGACGACAAACUAUUUCUCGGUAACAUUCAAUCGGCGACAUCGUGUGAUAUACUGACCGAACAUAAAAUCAAACGCGUGUUGUCCGUCAUUGAACUACCAAUUGAAACAAAAUAUCCGUUUAUUGAGUACUUUCAUGUGAUAGCAGAGGACGUCGAAGAACAGGAUCUGUUGACACAUUUUGAGGAGACCCGACAGGUGAUAGCUGACGGACAUCGCAAAGGUCACAACGUAUUAGUCCAUUGUAUGGCCGGUAUUUCUCGAAGCUCUACAGUGGUUACGGCAUUCUUGAUGAAUAAGUACGGAAAGAGUUACUCCGACACCAUUGAUAUGGUUCGCACCAAACGAUCGCAGAUAUACCCAAACGAAGGCUUUCGGAAACAGUUGAAACUUUAUGAAGAAAUGCGGUUCACAUUGAAUGCCAAUUACAAGAAGUUUAGACGAUAUCUGAUGAGUCAAUUGAUGACUAUUGAAAAUAUAGAAAAGUAUAUCAAACGCCGGGAUUACGUGGAAAGUCUGGUAAAAGUACAGAGAGGCCAACAGUACGGAUGCGCCAAAUGUCAGUUCAAGUUAUUCGAUGAGAUCAAUGUCGUUGACAAUGAAGUACCGAACAAGCAAUUGGCGAAAAAAUCAUUCGCUGAUACCAACCAAUGGUGUGGCAAUCUGUUUGUUGAGCCACAGAAAUGGAUGUUACCGUUGAAGAAUGAUAGAGUCAAUUGUCCCAAAUGUCGACAAACCAUCGGCUCUUAUAAUAAUAGUUUUGUCUCAUAUGACUGCAAAUGUCUCAAACAUAAUGGUUUGUUUGGCAUUCAAAUCAAAGUUUCUAAAGACUUGUUUAAGUUAGUCGUUUGA